AUGAUUUCGGUAAAAAGUAAGACAAAAUUUAUGAUGGAUCUGCGCAGGUAUAUAAGUUAUAGCAUAUGGAAUUUAGGAAGUAAAUUAAGUAGUAAUAAGAGAAACCAUUUUUCUUUUUUUUUUUUGGAUAAAAAAUAUUUAAGUAUACAUGAGUAUUUAUCUAUAGAUUUAUUGCGUUUUCAUAAUAUUCCAUGCCCUCAAGGGUAUCCUGCAAAGACCCCAGAAGAAGCAGAAGAAAAAGCACUGGAGUUACAAAAUGCUUGUGGAGAUAUAGAUAUAGUAGUAAAAGCACAAAUAUUAAGUGGAGGAAGAGGGGUAGGUUAUUUUAAGGAAAACAAUUUCCAAGGAGGUGUACAUAUAUGUAGGAACAGUACAGAAGUUAAAGAGAUUUCAUCAAAAAUGUUGAAUAACACACUUGUAACUAAGCAGACAGGAGAUGAAGGCAAAAAAUGUAAUACUGUAUUUAUAUGUGAAAGGUUUUAUAUAAGGAAAGAAAGAUAUGUAGCUUUCACGUUAGAUCGAACUUCUAAUAGUAUUAUGUUAUUAGGAUCAAAAGUAGGUGGAUCUUCCAUAGAAGAAAUUAAUAAAAAAGAUAAAAACGCUAUUUAUAAGAUGAGUAUAGAUAUUAAAAAUGGAUUAACAAAUGGUCAGUCAAGAGAAUUUUGUGAGAAAAUAGGAUUCAAAAAUAUUGAACUGAAUAUUGUUACUGAUAUGGUAAUAAAUCUAUAUAAAAUUUUUAAACAAUACGAUUGUACAUUAUUGGAAAUUAAUCCAUUAUCAGAAACAAAUGAUGGAAGAGUUCUAUGUUGUGAUGCUAAACUAAACUUCGAUGAUAAUGCAGAAUAUAGACAAAAAGAAAUUUUCCAAAAAAGAGAUUUAUCACAAGAAGAUUCGAUAGAAAUUCAAGCAAGGAAACAUAAUUUAAAUUAUGUAUCACUAAAUGGAAAUAUUGCAUGUAUGGUUAAUGGUGCAGGAUUAGCAAUGGCAACACUCGAUCUAAUAGUUUUACAUAACGGUUCACCAUCUAACUUUUUAGAUGUAGGCGGUAGUGCAACUGAAGAAGAAAUUUCGGAGGCUCUAAAAAUUAUUAAUAAUAAUGAAAAAGCAAAAGUUUGUUUUAUCAACAUUCUGGGUGGAAUCAUGCGGUGUGAUAUUAUUGCCAAGGGUAUUAUUAAUGCAAUGAAACAAGUGGAAUUUAAAAAACCACUUAUUAUAAGGUUAGAAGGCACAAAUGAACAAGAAGCCGAAAAAUUAAUUAAAGAGUCGAAUCUCAGCUGCAUCUUAUGUCAAGAUAUGAAUGCAGCUGCUGAAAAAAGCGUAGCCAUGGCAAAUAUAAUAGAAAUAGCCAACCGGUCCAACAUUAAUGUGGGCUUUCUCUCUAACAAUGUCCUUAACUAA